AUGGCCCCUUCACGCUGCACCGCAAAGCUUCCGUUGGGCACACAGGCGACACAUGCGUCGCACCCACAGGGCUCAUCAAGGGUACACAAACGCUCCUACAUCAGAGCGUUACGCAGAGCUCGGGAUCAGGGCGGAGCAUGGUAUCGCGGUAGAUGGAUCACACACGACCCGCAGUAUCAACCCGACGAUCCCAUUGUCAAUAAGCGAAAAGUCAGUAGCCCGGAUUAUGCAGCGACUCGCACCACUAAGCACUACGAACUCUUCACCUGGAACACGGGCGGCCUGGGCGGAGGGCUGUAUGACGAAUUUCUUCUGUUCCUCAAACGCUCGGCCUUUGACGUAGCCCUAUUACAGGAAACGAAGUGGAGAUUUGAGUCACAGUGGGAGGACGACACCCACUACUUCAUCCACUCGGGCACCAGCGCCAAAGAUCAUAGUCACGCUGGCCUGCUCACUGUCAUUUCCAAACGCAUAGUUGACCCCGGCUCGCUGAGGUUCAUCUCUGCCAUUGAUGGCCGAAUACUCCGCGUGCAAUUCAAGCAUGGGCCACGACAGGUGGACGUCAUCAACUUCUACCAACACACCUGGAGGCCCACGGCCCACGUCCAAUCAUUGCGUCACAAGGCCUGGGAUGUUCUCAAUCAGCAAGUACAGGCUGUCCCGCUCCGUAGCAGACUGCUCCUUGGGGGGGACUUCAACACCCCGCCCACCGUCGGACCGCCCCACACUGGCCGACACAUCCUGCACAAACCAGAUCAUGGAGUUCAGGACGCUGAUGACUUUGCAGCCUUCCUUAAGGGCCUUGACUUGGUCUUACUAAAUACCUUUGCGCAGCACGCCCCCCCACACACCUAUCAGUGGAAUGCGCAGAAAUCACAGAUCGAUUUCUGGAUCACACGCAGGUUGCAAGCCGGGGGCCUUGCCCGCUGUGCAUACCCACUUCAGCAGUAUCACGUAGGGCGUUGGAGGGGAGGACCCAGACACCUCCCUGUGUGUGCUAAAGUGAUGUACCACUGGCAACCAUGGGAACAUCGUAAACUUCAGCAAACCAUGGGCCAAACAGAGGUUGAUCGCAUGGAGAUUCUCAAAGCCUGCCAGGAUGAACACGACCCCAGGGUCGCAAGAUUCCGCACAGAAGUUCAGGAGCUGACCGCCAAGCACACUCUCACUGUCGAGACGCUGCAAACCCACAUCUUCAACAUAGCCCGCAGGAUCUUCCCCAAACGCCCCCCCCAGAAAUCCGUCAAACCGUGGCAAGACGGCACCAUGAUAGGAUACGCCGACACCAUGUGGGGCCACUUCCGCGCACGCGCGGCCAUUGUCCGCAGGCCCGAGGUCGACUGCUACGACAGCAGCGCACUGCGAGACUCCUUGAGGCUCAUACAGGAACUCGCCCCCAAGGCUACCUACAGGCACUUCGAGCAGCUGUACAAAGCGUCGUCCGCCAAUCCACAAACCUUUGUUGCGACAGCUGCAGAUGUAGAGGUCACAUCACAUGAGGUCCAGGAGGUGUGCUUGGACAUGUCCACGGCGUUUGACGUGAUGCCGAGGGAAGAGCUACGUGAGGCCCUGAGCGAGGCAGGUAUUGCAGGCAGUCCAGCCGACAUUCUGCUGCACUGGCACCACCUCACCCUUUACGCUGACGAUUGGCACAUAUCCUGCCUCUUCCAUUCCUAUCCUGCAUUUGACAAGUUUGUUCAGUGCUUGGGAGUUGUCCUCAGCACUCUCAAACAACAUGGCAUGAUAGUUAAUGCGGACAAGGCAGCAGUGAUCAUCACCAUGCAGGGUGCCAGACGGAAAAAGGCCGUAGCUGAAUUCACGCGAAUGCACAAGGAUCAGAGACACCUUAAAGUAAGAUCCACCGGGCAAGACGUUCUCCUACCGAUGGUCAGUGAGACUGUUUAUCUGGGGACGAUAAUCUCCUAUCGUAACUUCCGUGCCAGCACGCUGGAGCACCGACUCACCAAAUGCAAGGCCACGCAAAGCCGCCUCCGCAAGAUUCUGCAGGGACGUCGAGGCUACAUCAAGUAUUGCUUCGACAGCUUCGAGCCAUUGCAAGAGCCCCAGCACAUCUGCUUCUUGCUUCCUGGACCACAGCAGCUGAAACCGACACACAAUCACAAUCACAAUCACGUCGCGCCUCUCCAGGACCAUGAGACCCUACAGGUCACUGCGCCGGAGAACCCACCGAAUGUGAACAGCCUAACGCCGCAGCCAGAAUUUGAGUGCCCCCACUGUCCCAAACGCUACGCGCCCACGUGGUCCACCAAAGAUGCAGUUCCCUGCUCCCUACUCAGGUCUUGCCGCGAAGGGCACCCCAUCGCAUCCAUGCCGGUGCCUGGGCCACCUGUCUCCGGGACCACAGAGGAUGGCGGACGGCCCUCAGAGCCCUUGAUGCCCGGACGCGCUCAGCCUAGCCGUACUGACCACAGUGAUCAGAUUCCAGCGGAGCCUGGCAACAUCUUGCGCACUGCGUAG